UCAGGUCUGUACCGGCAGCGGCUUGUAUGUCAGCAGUUACACUGUGCGCCUCAUAAGGGGAGGAGAAGCAGCUCGCUGGGACCUAAUGGAAGGACUGAAGGAGCUGAGGGCAACCACAGGAUGACUACGCAAGCCACCAACAGUGGAUUUAACGACCCCCUUAAAAUGAAGCAGUGUUACUUUAAUGAAAGUAUCGGCUUCUUCUACAACAAGAGCGGGAAAGACUUGACAACAGAAUGGAGGCCGAAGGACAGCCUGGUGGUCGGCCUGGGACUUACUGUGUGCGUCUUUGUACUUUUCACCAACAUACUGGUCAUUACGGCCAUCAUAAUAAACAGGAGGUUCCACUAUCCCAUCUACUAUCUUUUGGGGAACUUAGCGGCUGCAGAUCUAUUUGCCGGAGUAGCCUACACUUAUCUCAUGUUCCAUACCGGCCCACGGACUUCCAGCCUAACGCUGAAAACCUGGCUCCUCCGGCAAAGUUUACUAGAUACCAGCCUCACCGCCUCAGUGGCCAAUCUGUUGGCCAUAGCCGUAGAGCGGCACCAGACGGUCUUUGCCAUGCAGCUCCACAGCAAGAUGUCCAACCAACGCGUCUGCAUCCUCAUCGCCUGCAUCUGGCUCACGGCUUUGCUGCUGGGACUCAUCCCGUCCUUUGGGUGGCACUGUAUUUGUAACAUUGAGACUUGCUCGCGAAUGGCCCCGCUGUACAGCCGGAGUUAUCUUAUCUUCUGGGCGGUAUCCAACCUGGUGGCAUUUCUCAUUAUGAUGGUGGUAUACUUGCAUAUCUUUGUGUACGUCAAGAGGAGGAUGACCAGGAUGUCCAGGCACACAUCGUUCCAUCCCAAGUACCGGGAGACCAUGAUCAACCUGAUGAAGACCGUCUUUAUCAUAUUGAGUGCGUUUGUCAUCUGCUGGACUCCAGGCCAAAUUGUCCUCCUUCUGGAUGGCUUAGAUUGCAAACAGUGCAAUGUUCUGGCUGUUGAGAAAUACUUCCUGCUCCUUGCCGAGUUCAACUCCGUCAUCAAUCCCAUUGUGUACUCAUACAGAGACAAUGAGAUGAGAGCCACCUUCAAGCAGAUCCUUUGCUAUUGCUGCAAUCGAGGGUCCAAGUACUCGCCCUCUGUCAAGUCAACAAAUACCGAGAGGAGAAUAUUGGCUGACAAUGGACAUAUGGUUAGGGACUCCACACUAUAAACCACCGAUGCAGGCUCUGAAUUUAUUCCUUUUAGGCACCAAGACUACAUCCUAUGGGAAAUUUGCUACUGUGGUACCAUGGGCACCAUUAAUAGUAGUGUGAGUGAGCUUGUUUCCCAUGUUGUAGAAACUGAUUUUAAACUGAGUAGAUCUUAAGGGUUGCCUUUCUGGAUGGAAGGACAGCACAAUGCUCCUCGACUUUUCCUAUGAGUUCUUUUAUGAUGGAUCCAGUUACUGCUUACAAUCAAAGGAGAAGAUGUCUUCCUUCAUCAUCUGAGCUCAGGGUGCCAGGAACAAAAUGCAUGCGAUUAUACUGUCUUCUGUGGUGGGGAUGGUAUGAAGCUGGAGAACAUAUGGAGAUGACUACAUAGCUUUAAGGACAUAUGUACAAUUUAUUUUUUUAAAGGAAGUUUUAAAAGGAGAAAGAAGAUUAUUUCAUAGGAAAUACA